AUGUCUGAACCUGAAGCACAGUGUGCCCUCAACCCAGAUGGGUCUCUAAAGGACACCAAAGACAUCAUUUUUUACAAUGAUCCUGAUGAUGCCAUCCCUGUUUCCACUCCAUCCUCUGCCCAGCCCCCCACAGAUGCCUUCUCUGUGCUACUGCAGACUGGAUGCAAACCAGUGCCACUUACUGCAGUUAGGAAGAAGGUUGCGUUACAGCUCUCCACUCCAUUAUUGGACAAUGAAGACUCUCAUGCAGCUGGUGCUAACAUGGAUAUUGAUACUGACCACAGUGCUGGUCAAUCAGAUGAGGCUGAGGACAAAAAUGUACCAGCACCUGAGGACGAACCUGAAGAUCUUCAAGACACCACCAUCUGA